GUGCAGUGCGGAAGUCACAGACGUCACUACAUUUUGUUCAUUUGACCACAUCACUAUUUUUGGGACUAAUAUGAUAUUUAGAGGUCUUAUUUAUUUUCAUUUGUUAUUUGUUAUACCCAGGGGCGGACUGACCAUUUGGAAACUCGGCACUGCCCGAGGGCCCGGGAUGCCCCUGGUACCUUUUUCAUAGGCUUUUUUGAGUUCGGGCAAGGACACAGGGGCCCCAUGAUCCCCUAUUGCCCGGGGG